AUGCCUCGAACCAUCCGCGUAGCCGCAGCCCAAAUGGGCACAACAAACAAAUGGGACAACCGGACCCAAACCCUCACGCGCAUGAUAGCCCUCCUCAAAGACGCCGUAUCCAAGGGCGCACAACUAGUCCUCUUCCCCGAAAUCGCAUUUACGACCUUCUUCCCCCGAUACCUCAUCACUGACCCCACCGAGCUCGAGUCAUGGUUCGAACACGGCGACAUCCGCACAGCACCAAACACAAAGGCGCUCUUCGACACCGCACACGAACUAAACGUCGACUUCAGCGUUGGAUUCGCAGAGGCUACAGAGGUCGGUGAACACUAUAACACCUGCGUCUACUACCAUGCUGCAACGGGGUCGAUUCUCUCGCGGUACCGCAAGAUUCAUCUGCCGGGGGACUUUGAGCCGCUUCCUGAUCCCAACGCCGUGAACCAGCUGGAGAAGCGGUAUUUCCUACCUGGGAAUCUAGGGUUCAAGGCAUUUCGUGUGCCCGGGCUUGUCGAGGCUGACUCUCCUCAUCCUACUCCUCUAGGAACAGCGGAGGGAAAAGUCCAAGAAGACCCCGUCUUCGGCAUGAUGAUUUGCAAUGACCGCCGGUGGGCGGAAUCAUGGCGAGCGUACGGACUGCAAGGCGUUGAGGUCGUGCUGUGCGGGUAUAACACGAAUGGCUUCGCGCCUCAGUUCUGGGGCCAGAGUGAAGAAAUGACGAGAGAGGAAGGGGAGGCGAUCUCGCUAUUCCACCAUAAACUCGUGAUGCAGGCGCACUCGUAUACGAACGCGACGUUCUCGGUUAGUUCUGCGCGGUGCGGGCUUGAUGAUGGCGAGUUCCCGCUGGUUGGGGGCAGUAUGGUGGUUGAUCCCGAGGGGAGGAUUAUUGCCGAGAGCAAGACGGUAGAGGAUGAGGCUGUGAUUGCGGAUUGUGAUUUGGGGCUUUGCAUGCCCGGGAAGACGAGGACGUUUGAUUUUGGGAGACAUCGCAGGACUGAACAUUAUGGGAUUCUGGUGGAGCGGACGGGGGUUGUUGAGCCGGCGAUGGACGGAACCCUGACUUCGACUCCUAUCCAAACAGCAACUACAGCAGCCCGAGAGAAGAAGAAUGUCUCGAGAUGGUCAGCCCGACACUCCCCCCCAGACGUGCAAGUCGACGGCUUCACAUCCCCCCAUCCAGCUCCCACCGCAAUCGAGGGCUCACUAGAUGCCGUCCUCUCGACUGCGGCUGCCGUACGCGCCAUACUCCAUAUAGCCAACCAAUAUGACGCAUUCGUAGUAGCAUGCUACAGCGACCACCCACUCACCAAAGCCCUAAGAGAGGAACUCAGCGCGCCGGUGGUCGGGAUAAUGGAGGCGUCUCUGUAUGCCGCGAGGACAUUAGGCGGGCGGUUUGGGAUCGUGGUUACCUCGACUCGCUCAGUCGUCCUGCAUACCGACUCGAUCCGGAAUUAUGGGCUGGAGGGGUUCUCUGCUGGCGUGGAGAGUUGCGGGCUGGGUGUUCUGGGGCUGGAGAGGAAAGGGGAAGAGGUUGUUCUUGGUGCGAUGUGUGAUGCGGCAAGGGAGUUGGUGAAGAGGGGGGCGGAUGUGGUUACGCUGGGCUGUGCGGGGAUGACGAAGCUGAAGGAGGCGGUUGAAGAGGCUGUUGGGCCUGAUGUGCAGGUUAUAGAUGGUGUUGUUGCUGGCGUGCAUCAUUUGGUGGGCAUUUUGAGGAUGGGAGGGAGGACGGCGAAGAGGGGAGUUUAUGCUAGUUCCAAAGCUGGGAGAGAGGCAAGGGGGCAGGAUUACUUAUAA